AUGUCACAAUGCUAUUCCGUCCUGUGCUUCCAAGAAUUUUAUCAUUACUUGGCAGAAAGACCAAUGCUACUUGAAGAACGUGUUAGUCCAUUUUUCCAAUGGUUUCGGCUGCCGCGAGUACGGGCGCCAUCACUGAAGGAAGAAUAUACAGUGUAUGAAGAAGAUAUUCCGCAACCGGUUGUGGCUGGGCCCAGUGCUGCUGCAGCGCGACAUCGUCGAAACCAGGAUCGCACCUACGAAGUAACAACGACAACCGAAAGCUAUCAUCGCACCAUUUCACCACCACAGCAGCAACAUCAAAGUGGUUAUAAUGGAUACUGA